AUGCAGGAGAGCGCAAUUGAUGCUAAGAGCGACGUCGGUCGAGCAUGGAAGGAUCGACGUUCAAGGAUCGAGGAGGCGUCGACAAGAUGGCUGCAGUGCUGCGAAAGUACGACAAUGGAGGAGAAUGUGGUUGUCAAGGCAGAGAAAUGCGUGGAAGCAAAAGUGAAGCCGAAACAAAGGCUAGAGAUGGCAACAGAGGUCGAGGUUAGGGAGAUCGGCAAGAGAGGAGGGUCUGAGUGA